CUAGAGCCGCUGUCUCCCCGCCCUUGGGGCCCAGCUUCCCUCCCCCAGGGCCACGGCCCCUCCCGUCAAAGGAAGUGAGAGGGGCUGUUGUAAGAGGAACCGAGGGCCAGGAGCCGGUGAGGAAGGGAGCAGGGCCAUGCCCAAGCCGCCCCCAAGAGCCCUCUGAGCCUGUGCCCCUGCCACAGCCCUUCCGGUGACCCCCCAGGAGCCGGACGCCAACCCCACCAUGGGCAGCAAGGAGCGCUUCCACUGGCAAAGCCACAACGUGAAGCAAAGCGGCGUGGACGACAUGGUGCUGCUGCCCCAGAUCACCGAGGACGCCAUCGUGGGCAACCUGCGCAAGCGCUUCAUGGACGACUACAUCUUCACCUACAUCGGCUCGGUGCUCAUCUCCGUAAAUCCCUUCAAGCAGAUGCCCUACUUCACUGACCGUGAGAUCGAUCUCUACCAGGGCGCGGCCCAGUACGAGAACCCCCCGCACAUCUACGCCCUCACAGACAACAUGUACCGCAACAUGCUCAUCGACUGUGAGAACCAGUGCGUCAUCAUCAGUGGAGAGAGUGGAGCUGGGAAGACAGUGGCCGCAAAAUACAUCAUGGGCUACAUCUCCAAGGUGUCUGGCGGGGGAGAGAAGGUCCAGCACGUCAAGGACAUCAUCCUGCAGUCCAACCCGCUGCUGGAGGCCUUCGGCAAUGCCAAAACCGUGCGCAACAACAAUUCCAGCCGAUUUGGCAAGUACUUUGAGAUCCAGUUUAGCCGUGGCGGGGAGCCAGAUGGGGGCAAGAUCUCCAACUUCUUGCUAGAGAAGUCCCGCGUGGUCAUGCAGAAUGAAAAUGAGAGGAACUUUCACAUCUACUACCAGCUGUUGGAAGGGGCCUCGCAGGAGCAGCGCCAGAACCUGGGGCUCAUGACGCCCGACUACUAUUACUACCUCAACCAGUCAGACACCUACAAGGUGGAUGGCACCGAUGACAGGAGCGACUUCAGUGAGACCCUGAGUGCCAUGCAAGUCAUUGGGAUCCCACCCAGCGUCCAGCAGCUGGUUCUGCAGCUGGUGGCAGGGAUCCUACACCUGGGGAACAUCAGUUUCUGUGAAGAGGGGAAUUACGCCCAGGUGGAGAGUGCAGACCUCCUGGCCUUUCCUGCCUACCUGCUGGGCAUUGACAGCGGGCGGCUGCAGGAGAAGCUGACCAGCCGCAAGAUGGACAGCCGCUGGGGCGGACGCAGUGAGUCCAUUAAUGUGACCCUCAACGUGGAGCAGGCAGCCUACACCCGUGACGCCCUGGCCAAGGGACUCUAUGCCCGCCUCUUCGACUUCCUGGUGGAGGCCAUCAACCGUGCGAUGCAGAAGCCCCAGGAGGAGUACAGUAUCGGUGUCCUUGACAUCUAUGGCUUCGAGAUUUUCCAGAAAAAUGGUUUUGAGCAGUUCUGCAUCAACUUCGUCAAUGAAAAGCUGCAACAAAUCUUCAUCGAGCUCACCCUGAAGGCUGAGCAGGAGGAGUAUGUGCAGGAGGGCAUCCGCUGGACCCCCAUCGAGUACUUCAACAACAAAGUCGUCUGUGACCUCAUUGAAAACAAGCUGAGCCCCCCGGGCAUCAUGAGCGUGCUGGACGACGUGUGCGCCACCAUGCACGCCACAGGCGGAGGUGCCGACCAGACGCUGCUGCAGAAGCUGCAGGCGGCCGUGGGCACCCACGAGCACUUCAACAGCUGGAGCGCGGGGUUCGUCAUCCACCACUACGCCGGCAAAGUCUCCUAUGACGUCAGCGGCUUCUGCGAGAGGAACCGGGAUGUCCUCUUCUCUGACCUUAUAGAGCUGAUGCAGACCAGCGAGCGGGCCUUCCUCCGGAUGCUCUUUCCUGAGAAGCUGGAUGUGGACAAGAAGGGCCGUCCGAGCACUGCUGGCUCCAAGAUCAAGAAACAAGCCAACGACCUGGUGGCCACUCUGAAGAGGUGCACCCCCCACUACAUCCGCUGCAUCAAACCCAACGAGACCAAGAGGCCCCGAGACUGGGAAGAGAGCAGGGUCAAGCACCAGGUGGAGUACCUGGGCCUGCGGGAGAACAUCCGGGUGCGCAGGGCCGGCUUCGCCUACCGCCGCCAGUUCUCCAAGUUCCUGCAGAGGUACGCCAUCCUGACCCCUGAGACCUGGCCACGGUGGCGUGGGGACGAACGUCAGGGUGUCCAGCACCUGCUUCGGGCGGUCAACAUGGAGCCGGACCAGUACCAGAUGGGGAGCACCAAGGUCUUCGUCAAGAACCCAGAGUCGCUUUUCCUCCUGGAGGAGAUGCGAGAGCGGAAGUUCGACGGCUUUGCCCGCACCAUUCAGAAGGCCUGGAGGCGCCACGUGGCGGUACGGAAGUACCAAGAGAUGCGGGAGGAAGCUUCAAACAUCCUGCUCAACAAGAAGGAACGGAGGAGGAACAGCAUUAAUCGGAACUUCGUCGGGGACUACCUGGGGCUGGAGGAACGGCCAGAGCUACGUCAGUUCCUGGGCAAGAGGGAGCGUGUGGACUUUGCAGACUCGGUCACCAAGUAUGACCGGCGCUUCAAGCCCAUCAAGCGGGACUUGAUCCUGACCCCCAAGUGUGUGUAUGUGAUUGGGCGAGAGAAGGUGAAGAAAGGACCAGAGAAGGGCCAAGUGCGUGAGGUCCUGAAGAAGAAGCUGGAGAUUCAGGCCCUGCGGGGAGUCUCCCUCAGCACGCGACAGGACGACUUCUUCAUCCUCCAAGAGGACGCGGCUGACAGCUUCCUGGAGAGCGUCUUCAAGACCGAGUUCGUCAGCCUUCUGUGCAAGCGCUUCGAGGAGGCGGCACGGAGGCCCCUGCCCCUUACCUUCAGCGACACACUACAGUUCCGGGUGAAGAAGGAGGGCUGGGGCGGAGGCAGCACUCGCAGCGUCACCUUUUCCCGCGGCUCAGGAGACAUAGCGGUACUCAAGGCUGGCGGCAAAACCCUCACGGUCAGCGUGGGCGACGGACUGCCCAAGAGCUCCAAGCCUACACGCAAGGGAAUGGCCCAGGGAAGACCCCGAAGGUCAGCCCCGGCCCCUACCCGGGCGGCCCCUGGCCCCCCCAGAGGCCUGGACCGAAAUGGUGUGCCUCCCUCUGCCAGAGGGGGGCCCCUGCCCCUGGAAAUCACAUCUGGAGGGGGCUCCCAGCGGCCUCCCCGGGGUCCUCCAUCCUCAACCCUGGGGUCCAGUAGACGUCCCCGGGCACGGCCACCCUCAGAGCACAACACAGAAUUCCUCAAUGUGCCUGACCAGGGUGUGGCAGGCAUGCAGAGGAAGCGCAGCGUUGGGCAGAGACCUGUGCCUGGUGUGGGCCGACCCAAGCCCCAACCACGUGUACAUGGCCCAAGGUGCCGGGCACUAUACCAGUACAUAGGCCAAGAUGUCGAUGAGUUGAGCUUCAAUGUGAAUGAAGUCAUCGAGAUCCUCAUGGAAGAUUCUUCAGGUUGGUGGAAGGGCCGCCUACAUGGCCAGGAGGGUCUUUUCCCCGGAAACUACGUGGAGAAGAUCUGAGCCGGGAACAUGGGAUUGUGUCCUCCACCUGCUCGCCUGUCUGUCAGGAUCCAGGCUGUGCCAGCAGAGUCUGGAUUACUUUGGCUGCAUUGGCCAGAAAGUCCAGUUCCGUGGCCUCCAUCCCAUCCCAGACUGUGGGUCUGAAGAGUCACUGCUGCAGCAACCCUCCUAGGCUCUGGCCUCCUUCCUAUCACACCUGCUGCCAAAGUCUGUAUUUCUUCUUGUAUCAAACACGGCUAACAGCAGAACCUACCUCCCAGCUGCCUUAUGUUUAUGAAAUGAAUGUCCUAGGCUGUUGACCAAAUGCCGGGCAUAGUCCAGGGUGAAGGGGCCUUGACAAGUGGGACUUCCCCCUUCUCUCAUCAUAGGCAAUAAAUAUGUGCCUGGUGAAA